CGGCGAUGUGGCGCUUUAUUUUCAAGAAGGAUAGCGCCGAAAAUGGUUCAGUGAAACCAGUAGACAGGCGGACUCCAGCUCAAUCGAACGCAGUAGCAAUUACGGGGCAAAAGUGAGCAGAUCGAAAUCGUGCUUUUUAACGGCCGGAAGUUUCCGUUAACCGGUUUAGUGGUUGGUGUAUGUGAUUUAGCAAAAAAUUGGAGAUAAAACGCAAAGGAAGUUCGUCAUGUGGCAUCAUAGUUAAAUUCCAUGUGGAGUUAAAUCAGGAUUAAAAAAAAUAAACGCGUAAUAUACGUAAACAUGUCUUACCAUUUAAAAAAUUCGCAAACACGAAAGUAUUACGAGGAAUUAUCAUAAUUUGAAUUUCGCAAUGAAAAUGUAUCUUCUCCUCGCAAUCCUGAUUUACAAAUGCAGCAUCCAUUCCUCGUGCGCGGAAUACGACCUGGCCUCUGAUGGCAGCCAACCGGAAGCGGAUUUUUCUGCCAUUGGAUAUGAUUUAGAUUCCGGAACAGGUGACUACCCGAAUGGAAAUGGCGUGGUAUUUGAGUUUCGGAGGAGCGUAAAAAGUGAUAACACUGAAAUUGAAGCUAGACGUCGCAGUGCUUUGGAUAAAAAUUUUAUGCGCUUUGGGCGGGCCGACGGAGCAGCGUUGCAGCGAGUGUCCCGCUCUAAUAAACGGAACAAUUUGAUGAGAUUCGGACGGGCAGAUCGAGGAUUCAUGCGGUUCGGUAGAAUGCCCAGUGAUGUGCCGUAUUCGUUGGUGCACUACAACGAUUUAGACGGGAAACUGGCCAAAGAAGAUGGGCAGGAAGCUGUGGGCAGUGAAGAGGUCAUAUUUUCGAAGCGCAAUCCCAAUUCGUCCGAGGAACCGGCAGUCAGUGAAUCCGGAGAGCAAAUUAAACCUAAACAAGUAGUUUAUUAUCGCCGUGAUUCUCCCAAAAAUCUAAUGAGGUUCGGUAAGCGCAAUGAUGAUGAUGAUGAUGAUGAUGUUGGAAGAUUUUUCCGGAUGCAGCGAGCCAAUCUGAUGCGCUUUGGACGUUCAGGAAAUAAUCCACCACGGGGGAAUCUGCUUCGUUUCGGCAGGGCCAGCAACGGGAACCUGAUGCGCUUCGGACGAUCAAAGGGUAACCUAAUGCGGUUUGGUAGAUCUGAUCCUCGAUUUUUACGACUCGUUAAAAUGGACAACAAUUUCAUGCGGUUUGGUAGAUCGGAUAAAACAAGCAAACCUACAAAUUUGAAUGGAACGGAAACUGUUGGCACUUCUGCUGUCAUCGGCUCGGGUGAAAGCAAAACUGGAAUCCUAGAAACGAAUCGAAUAGCUGCGGAAAAAUAUGACGAUCAAUCUAAAUCGCCGUCCAAUACUGAUGACGAUUAUGAAAUCAAUCUACGAGAAGAAGAUGUUCUUAGCCCAUACUAUGCCGUCAACAAGUAGUUUUUUAAUGCUCGAGUGAUAUGUGUAGUGUGCAGAACUGAAACUUGAGCGGUUUCCUCGGAAUCAAAUUGUUGGUAAUUUAAAAUCGACGGAAAAGAUUACUAUUUGUUCAUUUCCACACGAUUGUUUCAAUAAGGCUGGGACUAACAAUUUGAUUCUGACAAACAGAAGAACAGCCAGACAGAAUACUCCUUCUGAACAAUUCCUAUGAAUGCCAAAGCAAAGCUACUAACUAGGUGUUAAGCCGAUGAAGUGACUCUUACUAUUUAGCUAUAUUUAUAAAUUUACAAAGAGAAUCUAGUCGUUAUUAUCAUUAUCUUAUAAGUCUAAUUGAUUUAUUGUGAGAAUACACAUUGAACUACAUGCAUUGAACAAA